AGCUGUUUCAGUGUUUCAUAUUCAAUGUGUAAGAACACGCGCUAAUGACCUUGCUGAUGCAUGGGGCAAAAGCCAAGCCAAACAGCAGAUGAUGCUACAACUGACGGAGGUUCCGCCAGUUCCCUUUACGGUGCCUACAACUUCCUGCUGGGAUGCGCGACUCCAUGUGCGGAUAUGGGGGCGAGCGAAAGUACGGGCUCGCUUGUAAAGGUCGUCCAGCAUUGCUGCAUCUCUUCGGAAAGAGAGGCUGCCCUCGAGCUGGUCGAGCAACAUCGUGUCAUCGGGGAUGCUGGCACGAUGCAGAUCGAGGACGAGGACGAAAUUUGGGCAGCCUGGACCUCUCCGCGAGCUUUAGAUGCUGCAGGCCAUCGGCAGAAGCUCUUGGUCCGCCCAGAAAGAGAUCGCAGGUUCGAAGAGCUCUAUACCUUAGACAAGAAAGUGGGCGAAGGGUCUUUCGGCAAUGUGUACAAGGCCCAUGCCAAAAGUGCACAUGGAGCUCAACGCGCUGUCGCUGUGAAGGUCUUUUCGCUAGCCUCGCCGAUUGCCUCUCCUCAGGCCAAAGUGGACAGCGAGGAAGCGAAGCGAAAGCUUGCAAGCUUUAUCAGUGAGUGUGCCAUGCUGUCUCGCCUCGACCAUCCUUAUGUCGUGAGGAUGCACGAGUCGUUUCAAUCAGCUGGCUCGCUUCAUUUGGUUCUGGAGAUGUGUCAAGGCGGUGAGCUUUACAAUCUCCUGGUUAGAAAGAUAAAAGAGGAGGAUGGCCUUGAAGAAGUUACGGGACAGAUAUUCUUUAGGCAAAUGCUGCAUGCCGUGGGAUACCUCCACGCCGGACGCAUUGUGCACCGUGACGUGAAGCCAGAAAACUUCCUGGUUUCCGGAGAUACAGAUCGACCUGAGGAGUUGGUCUUGAAGCUCUGUGACUUUGGCACUGCCACAGUCUUGACACAGCAAAAGCCCAGGUCCAUGGUUAACAUUGGAACUCUUUCCUACACUGCUCCGGAGGUGUACAUGCGCAAAGGAGCUGACCUUCCGGCAGAUAUUUGGUCGCUAGGCGUUGUCCUUUAUGUCAUGCUGACAGGAACCAAUCCUUUUCGCAAUGGCAAGGAGACCUCAAAGCAGGAGACUGUCAAAAGGAUAAAGUCUGGAGUGUUUGCAACACAGCGUGCUGGAUGGCUCAAAGUUUCUGAGCCAGGCCAAGACAUGGUGAAGAAGCUCUUAGUCCUAAUCGAGGACAAGCGCCUCACCUGUUGCGAGGCUUUGCAGCAUGGUUGGGUGUUAGGUGCUCGAAGGAUAUCGUUGCCACCGAACGAGGAGGAACCUGAGGCUUUGGCAGUAAAGGCUAUCCGAGUGCUGCGACGGAUGCUCAAGCUCCAGCCACCGCAAAGGAAUGCCGUGUUUGCCUGUGCUAUGGGUGCCACAGAGGCCGACCUGCCACAACCUGCUGCCUGGCGUGCACUCUUUUUGCUGCUGGAUGCGGACAAUGAUGGGCGUCUCAGUAUCGAUGAGUGUGCCGCUGGCCUUCGGAGGCUCACAGGGAUCUCGAGAUCCGAGGUGACCGAGGAGGACUUGAGGACGGCUGUUCAGGCUGCCGACCUUGAUGGCAACAGCUUUCUGGACUGGGCAGAGUGGCUGUCUGUUGGCCUUCUCACCGUGGCCAAGCUUCCAGAGGCCGGCCUGGUCGUGGAGUUUGCGCAGCGACUUCUCAGCCGUAUGUGCACCAGCGGGCAGAGUGAGGUUGUCCUGGGGAUUUGGAAGGCUGCCCAGCAGUUGAAGACAGAGACAGACAAGGAAGCUCGAAAGAUGCCCCUUUCGAUGGACGACUUGCGCUUGGUUCUCUCCAGCUGCGAGGAAGCCUUCCAGUAGCUUCGCAGGCUUUGAUUGGUUUCACUCCUGGCGUUGACCUGGGCUUUGGACAUAGCACUCCUUGCACCGACUGAGUCGGUUUUUCAAUCGAGGAACGAAAAUUGCCUAGAUCAGAUCUGUUUUGGCAUGGUCCAGGGGCGAAACCCCUGGGCCUUGAUCAGAGCGCAGCCAAGUCGAAAAAACCACAGUUUUGCCAUUUUCCAUCGGAGAUUUGUUGCCAAUUUGCACUGAAACGACAAUUCUUCACAACAUCAAUGUCCUUUGGAAUGAUUUAGAACUGACAUGACACGGAGCCUGUGGAACUACUGCUGCAUGACUCAGUAUGACAUUAAACUGCAUCGAAUCACCAAGAAGAAAAGUUCCAAAAGCUUCCAGCAAUGGCAGCUGUCAGACAAAGCGUAUCCACAUGGGGACUUGAAGCAAAAUAUG